AUGCUGACAUCGUGCACAUCAAAUAAAUAUCAUAUUAAGCUCCCCUUUCCUUUUCUUUUCAGAAUUGUCGAAAAUAUUCUAUAUUUCAGUCCGAUGACAAGAUCCCUGCGCCGAGCUUGUGCUAAGCCCAAAGUAUGUGCCAAGCAAAAAGCCGAGAAAGCUUGUGACAAGGUGAAGUGCACCAAACUUGGACCAAUCACGAGUAAUUGCUACUUUAAUUUCGUGAGGUCCUACCGGAUAAAGCAUUGUGACGUAAACCCACAAGGGUUGAUAUCAAAGGCGGCAAAAGCGUGGAGAAUGCUGAAGACGCGAUUCAGUCAGAUCGAAAAGAAUGCCAUAAGAAUCUGGAACAAACACAGUGAAUUGCGAAGCGAUCUGUUGGAGGAGGAGGAGCACGAAUAG